CACGAACGACUCUCGCGAAUUGUUUAUCUCUAUUUUUAUUUACGUUACAUGGCAAUCGUUUAACUUUAGUGUUUUAAUAUAAGACUCGUGUUUAAGAAUAUUUAAUCAAUUUUUUAAGAAAUAUUUAUUCAGAUUAUUUCGUAUAUAAAUAAAAUAAAGUGACAAAAUGACUAUAAAAAAUAAAAAGACUAAGCAAUCAAAUGCUACCGAAGUGUCCACAUCUAAAAGUGCAUCGAGUAGUGUUCAGAAAUCAAGCACGUCGACGUCUGUGCAGAAAUCAAGCAAUACCUUACAGAAGGUUAGCUCGGGUAAGAAGGUCCGCUACAUUGACGUUAAGGUCGAAGAGGACGACCCGCUUAUGAUUACUGAUAUCACCGAUCAUGCAUCUACGAGCGGUUCUAUUAUAUCAGAACACUACAACAGCCACCCGCACUACAUAAUAACAGAGGCACCAUCGAUUUCCGACUUAUCGCAAGUAAGAUCUCAUGAACAUAAUGUAAGCGACAUGGCGCAAGUGAACACAGGUGAGUUUGUUUCGACUUCUGAGUUACAAGAGUCCUCUACAUCUCACCAACAAAGCUCUAGAAGUGAAAUUCAUCAAACUUCAUCAACAUCUGUGCAACGCUCUGGUUCUAGUCACAGCCAGACAUUUGAUUCUACUGUUGACAACCAAACGCUUAAUACCGCAUUUAUAGACAACUCCUCACAAAAUGUUACAAGAUCUAGUAACAUCAGUAACAACAGUUUCUUGUCUAAAUCCCAAGGAGCAAGUGCUACAGAAUCUUUUAUUGAAUCAGAAAGAACGAAUCUGAUGAAUACUCAAGGAAGAAGACAAUUUCAUUCCAAUCGUGACAAUCUUGCAAAUAAAAUUACUUCGUCCUCUUUUGAUUCAAAAAAUAUGAAUAUUCGCGAGAAUGAACGUUAUAAUUCGCCUGACUCUCGAAGGGCACAGACUGUUAAGUCUGACAGUUCAAAUUUUUAUGGUGGUCAAGGUACUCUUGAUAAGAAUGUUAAGUCGACAGAGUUUAGCACCACGUCUCAUUCUAGUGAGACUAAAAGUAGUAACGUGACAAAGUCGUCAUCGUCAUCCUAUGUUGUUGAAAUUGUUGAUGGAAAAGAACGGAUAGUCGACAGUUCUAAAAGAGAGUGGGGUGAUGCCCAAGAACACGCAACAAAAGAGGAUUACGCUAGUAUAAGCGGUACUAACAUCAAGCCGGAGAGUGCAUAUAGUGUUCAAAAUUAUGAUAUGAAAUCAAAGUAUGAUACUGGAAAACCUGGAAUAAAACCAACAAGUGAAAAGACCGUUAAAGAAAAUUCUAAAUUUGUUAAGGAUGGAACUCAGAUCACGAGUCAUGAGAGCCUUAUUUCUCAUAAAGAUAAUGCAAUACAACAGCAGCAUAGCUCAACUACUCACGAGGAAUUAACUGCUAGGGAUAAUAUUCAGUCAGAUAGCGUGGAUAGAAGACACAUUUCUUUCCGUGACAACUCUCACUCCGAUAUAUCCAACCAACAUCAACAAAUUAUUUCAAAUGAAAAUCUACAGACUGAUACUAUUGACAAGAGUCAUACUGUUUCAGAGAGUCGAGAAAUUAAUACUCAGUCUAUGGAGAGUCAGAAAAAUAUAAGCAGCAAAGUAACAAGUGAAAAUACCGUUAACACUAGACGUGAUAUGAAUAAGACAGAUUCAUCAAAUUUCUAUGGAUAUGACUCCACAAUACAAAAUCAAUUGAAAAAAGUAGGUGAUAUUCUACAAAUAAGAGAUACGGAAAACCUGAACUAUUCCACUAAAAUAUUAAAAAGUAAUACGAGCAGUGCACACCAAGAAUCAACAUCAUCCUAUGUCUUCGAGGUUGUGGAUGGGAAGCAAAGAAUUGUUGAUAGCGCUCACAGAGAAUGGGGUGAUAGUAAAGAUCAUUCAACACAUGAAAAGAGCCACUACAUAAGUGGAACAAACAUUAAACCAGAGCACGAAUAUACCCGACACGUUCUUGACAAAGAAUCAUUUUAUGACACUGGAAAGGAUGGCGUUCCUAAAAGUGGUUCAUAUGUAACAGAAGAAUCUGCUUUAUACAAAAAUGGAAAGGAGAUAGCGUCAACAAGUAACACAUACGGUGGUGAUUUUACAAGGAAACCUGCCAUAACAGAGCAUACUACCGACGGGGUCGAUGUCUAUGACCAACAAAUACAACAACAACAAAAGACAACAACAACAAAAGAACAAAAUCUGCAGUCUAAUACAAAUAUAUCUAAAUCAACAGAUACUCAAACACAUAUUCAGGAUUCUGAAACCGUAAAGCAAAGCACCGAUUUUAUAACGAAAGAAAAACAAAAUCUUACGAAAGAAACAACAUCGUCCACUUCUCAAUCUAAAGACACUCUAACAACGUAUGAAAGGAGCACCGGUACUUGGAAUGGUAAAUUUAUUUAUGAAAAUGAAGAUGACAGACCGAAGCGCCCGAAACAAAUGUCGCCUUUUGGGAAACCUGAGCAACCAAGGCAUCAUUUAAAGAGGCAAGAUACGGAAGAAAAUAUCAUAUUAUCAUCAAAGGACAUUAAAGAUUUCACUUCCAUAAGUGACCUUAGAAAAAUUAUUGAAACUUCACAGUCGAAUAAAGACGUCAAAGUAAGCAAUAAGAAUAUUGUUAUCAGGAGAAAUAUUGAUGACAAAGUUUUAAAGGAAAUUAUUGAAACUGUUAAGAAAUAUCCCUUCAAACGGAUAGAUAAAGUUACUUUCGGUACUAAAAUUAACGAAGAUGUUAAAGAUUUAUACGAAGGCAUCGACACGGAAGAAACAACUAUUAUGCACACCACAACAGAGGGUGCAUUAAAGAAGUCAUUCGACAUUGAGAAAACCAGGAGCCAGAUUGAAGUGACGCGAUACAUAACUGAAAAUGGUGUCACCAGAAAAGAAACAACCUAUGAAGAUGCAAAAGAAGAUGAGAAGAUUAAGACAGAUGUUUUUGUCGACAAUAGUGCGUUAGACAUCAAAAAUUUGAAGGAUGUCCGCACUACGAAAGAUAUACGCGAAUACGACGUGGUUGACCGAGCUAUAACGGACACUACGAGGGAGGACACCGUCGUCAGCACCGUCUACGAUGAACAUAUCCUAGACGACAGAAAAACAGUGCGAGAUGACAGGACCAUCAUCGAAGAGACUGUUCGUCGGGAUGAGACCAGGCCAAAACAAGGUGGCCCCAAAAAACCUGAGAAAAUCAUAGAAAAGGAACAGUGCAUCUGUGAAAUCUGCACUUGUGGGCGUCACCGCUGCCCACACAACGAUGUCCCGGAGCCAUUGUUCGAUGUGGAGAAGCACACUACGAGCGUUGUCUCCGCAUACCAACAAGACUACGACGAAAAGUACGUAAAUCGUACAAGCGCAGUCUAUCAUGAAGAUCAUUUGAGACUUGAAGGGGAAUUUAUAGAACCUGAGCGACCGCACUGGCAGCCUGUCGAACGUCCCAAAGCCAAGAAACCAGAAGAUAAUCUGAGGCCUGAAGGUGAUUUCGAAAAAAGACGUCCAGAAGAAUGGCGUCCAGGUGAAAGAGCUCCUAUUAAAAAACCAGAAGAUAAUUUAAAACCGGAGGGUGAUUUUGCAAAGCGAAAACCCGAGGAAUGGCGUCCGGGGGAUAGAGCGCCUGUUCGCCGACCUGAGGAUAACUUGAAACCUGAAGGGGACUUUGAAGACAGAAAACCACAGGAAUGGCAACCAGGAGACAGGGCUCCCGUUAAAAGACCACAGGAUAACCUCAAGCCAGAAGGUGAAUUUGAACAGAGGCGGCCUGAUGAAUGGAGACCGGGUGAUCGUGCUCCAACACGUCGCCCUCAAGAUAAUCUAAGACCGGAAGGUGAAUUUACCACUCCUGAAAAAGACAGCUGGCGUCCCGCAGAUCGACAGAUACCGAAAAAACCAGAAGAUAACUUACGACCUGAAGGAGAAUUUGAAAGACCCAAACCGGAGGAAUGGCGUCCAGGGGAUAGAGCGCCUGUUCGCCGACCUGAGGAUAACUUGAAACCUGAAGGGGACUUUGAAGACAGAAAACCACAAGAAUGGCAACCAGGAGACAGGGCUCCCGUUAAAAGACCACAGGAUAACCUCAAGCCAGAAGGUGAAUUUGAACAGAGGCGGCCUGAUGAAUGGAGACCGGGUGAUCGUGCUCCAACUCGUCGCCCUCAAGAUAAUUUAAGACCGGAAGGUGAAUUUACCACUCCUGAAAAAGACAGCUGGCGUCCCGCAGAUCGACAGAUACCUAAAAAACCAGAAGAUAACUUACGACCUGAAGGAGAAUUUGAAAGACCCAAACCGGAGGAAUGGCGUCCAGGAGACAGAGCGCCUGUUCGCCGACCUGAGGAUAAUUUGAAACCUGAAGGGGACUUUGAAGACAGAAAACCACAAGAAUGGCAACCAGGAGACAGGGCUCCUGUUAAAAGACCACAGGAUAACCUCAAACCGGAAGGUGAAUUUGAACAGAGGCGACCUGAUGAAUGGAGACCGGGUGAUCGUGCUCCAACUCGUCGCCCUCAAGAUAAUCUAAGACCGGAAGGUGAAUUUACCACUCCUGAAAAAGACAGCUGGCGUCCCGCAGAUCGACAGAUACCUAAAAAACCAGAAGAUAACUUAAGACCUGAAGGAGAAUUUGAAAGACCCAAACCAGAAGAAUGGCGUCCUGGUGAUAGAGCACCUGUUCGUCGACCUGAGGAUAACUUAAAACCAGAAGGUGAUUUUGAGCGUCGAAAGCCGGAAGAAUGGCAACCUGGAGAUAGAGCUCCAGUACGGCGGCCACAGGAUAACUUAAAACCUGAAGGAGAUUUUACAACUCCAGAGAAAACUUCUUGGAAACCUUCUGAACGUCAAAAACCUAUAAAACCGCAAGACAAUCUCAAACCAGAAGGAGAAUUUACAACUCCGAAAAAGGAAGACUGGAAACCUGCUGAAAGACCUCAACAGAAAAAGCCAUUAGAUAAUCUAAAACCUGAAGGAGACUUCACAUCGUCAAGCACAAAAACUGAAGAUUUCAAAGUUGUUAUUGGUGAAAGGGCAGAAAUUGUUCGACGAACUGACAAUAUUAUCACUGAAGGAGAGUUCAUAGAUUCCACCACAUCGCGUUCUGAGUACACAGUAAAACCCGUGGAGAAGCUAAAACCUGUGAGGAGAAACACAUGGACUAAAAUUGAAGGGGAAAUGAUAACCGAAACAACAUCACAAUCUGAAUACAUUGAUUAUACUGACAUCGUUGAAAGAACUUCUAAGAUAACGAAAAUGACAGAUAAUUUAAUAUGUGAAGGUGUUGUCGAUUUUGUUACGUCCAAUCAACAGGAUUAUGCUGAAAAAACAACGACCGUAGAACGUCCACAAAGACGUCGAACAUGGACAAAAGAAGAUUUUGAAAAGUUUCAUUCAACAGAAAACGUAGAGACUUUAACAACUACACAAGAAGAGUAUCGAACUUUGGAACAAAAAACGCCAAAGCGAAUUAAACCUAUGAAGCCUAAGGAUAACCUUAGGCCUGAAGGAGACUUUGAAAAACCACAACAAGAAGAAUGGUAUCCUGCUGAACGACCGAAGCAAAAGAAACCCGAAGACAAUUUACGUCCUGAGGGAGAAUUUACAACUCCUGAAAAACAGCAAUGGCGACCUGCUGAACGUCCUCAACAAAAGAAACCUGAGGAUAAUUUACGUCCUGAAGGUGAUUUUGAACAAAGAAAACCAGAUGAGUGGCAGCCUGCUGAUCGUCCUGUUCAGAGAAAACCUAAGGAUAACCUUAAACCAGAAGGUGAGUUUGAAACGCCAGAAAAAGAGCGAUGGCGGCCUGCCGAAAGGCCCCAACAAAAGAAGCCUCAGGAUAACUUACGUCCUGAAGGUGAUUUUGAACAAAGAAAACCAGAUGAAUGGCAACCAGCUGACCGACCAGUUCAAAAGAAACCAAAAGACAAUCUCAAACCGGAAGGUGAAUUUGAAACCCCAGAAAAGGAGCGUUGGCGUCCUGCUGAACGACCACAACAGAAGAAACCUGAAGACAAUCUACGUCCUGAAGGUGAUUUUGAACAAAGAAAACCAGAUAAGUGGCAGCCUGCUGAACGUCCUGUUCAAAAGAAACCAAAAGACAAUCUUAAACCGGAAGGGGAAUUUGAGACGCCAGAAAAAGAGCGAUGGCAGCCUGCUGAAAGACCCAAACAAAAGAAGCCUCAGGAUAACUUACGUCCUGAAGGUGAUUUUGAACAAAGAAAACCAGAUGAAUGGCAACCAGCCGACCGUCCAGUUCAAAAGAAACCAAAAGACAACCUUAAACCGGAGGGUGAAUUUGAAACUCCAGAAAAGCAGCGUUGGCGUCCUGCUGAACGACCUCAACAGAAGAAACCUGAAGACAAUCUACGACCUGAAGGAGAUUUUGAACAAAGAAAACCAGACGAGUGGCAGCCUGCUGAUCGUCCUAUCCAAAAGAAGCCAAAAGACAACCUUAAACCAGAAGGUGAUUUUGAAACGCCAGAAAAAGAGCGAUGGCGGCCUGCCGAAAGACCCCAACAAAGGAAACCUCAGGAUAACUUACGUCCUGAAGGUGAUUUUGAACAAAGAAAACCAGAUGAAUGGCAACCAGCCGACCGUCCAGUUCAAAAGAAACCAAAAGACAACCUUAAACCGGAGGGUGAAUUUGAAACUCCAGAAAAGGAGCGUUGGCGUCCUGCUGAACGACCUCAACAGAAGAAACCUGAAGACAAUUUACGACCUGAAGGAGAUUUUGAACAAAGAAAACCAGAUGAGUGGCAGCCUGCUGAUCGUCCUGUACAGAGAAAACCUAAGGAUAACCUAAAACCUGAAGGUGAAUUUGAAACGCCGGAAAAAGAGCGAUGGAGGCCUGCCGAAAGACCCCAACAAAUGAAGCCUCAGGACAACUUACGUCCUGAAGGUGAUUUUGAACAAAGAAAACCAGAUGAAUGGCAACCAGCCGACCGUCCAGUUCAAAAGAAACCAAAAGACAACCUUAAACCGGAGGGUGAAUUUGAAACUCCAGAAAAGGAGCGUUGGCGUCCUGCUGAACGACCUCAACAGAAGAAACCUGAAGACAAUUUACGACCUGAAGGAGAUUUUGAACAAAGAAAACCAGAUGAGUGGCAGCCUGCUGAUCGUCCUGUACAGAGAAAACCUAAGGAUAACCUAAAACCUGAAGGUGAAUUUGAAACGCCGGAAAAAGAGCGAUGGAGGCCUGCCGAAAGACCUCAACAAAAGAAGCCUCAGGACAACUUACGUCCUGAAGGUGAUUUUGAACAAAGAAAACCAGAUGAAUGGCAACCAGCCGACCGACCAGUUCAAAAGAAACCAAAAGAUAACCUUAAACCUGAAGGUGAAUUUGAAACUCCAGAAAAGGAGCGUUGGCGUCCUGCUGAACGACCGCAACAAAAGAAACCUAAAGAUAAUCUACGUCCUGAAGGAGAUUUUGAACAAAGAAAACCAGAUGAGUGGCAGCCUGCUGAUCGUCCCGUUCAGAGAAAACCAAAAGACAACCUUAAACCGGAAGGCGAAUUCGAAACUCCAGAAAAGAGGAUGGCGUCCUGCCGAAAGACCCAACAAAAGAAGCCUCAGGAUAACUUACGUCCGGAAGGUGAUUUUGAACAAAGAAAACCAGAUGAAUGGCAACCAGCCGACCGCCCAGUUCAAAAGAAACCAAAAGACAAUCUCAAACCAGAAGGUGAAUUUGAAACUCCAGAAAAGAACGGGCGUCCUGCUGAACGACCGCAGCAGAAGAAACCUGAAGACAAUCUACGUCCUGAAGGUGAUUUUGAACAAAGAAAACCAGAUGAAUGGCAUCCAGCCGACCGCCCAGUUCAAAAGAAACCAAAAGACAAUCUUAAACCAGAAGGUGAAUUUGAAACUCCAGAAAAGGAGCGUUGGCGUCCUGCUGAACGACCGCAACAGAAGAAACCGAAAGACAAUCUACGUCCUGAAGGAGAUUUUGAACAAAGAAAACCAGAUGAGUGGCAGCCUGCUGAUCGUCCCGUUCAGAGAAAACCAAAAGACAACCUUAAACCGGAAGGCGAAUUCGAAACUCCAGAAAAAGAGCGAUGGCGUCCUGCCGAAAGACCCCAACAAAAGAAGCCUCAGGAUAACUUACGUCCUGAAGGAGAUUUUGAACAAAGAAAACCAGAUGAUUGGCAACCAGCAGAGCGUCCUGUUCAAAAGAAACCAAAAGAUAAUCUUAAACCGGAAGGUGAAUUUGAAACCCCUGAAAAGGAGCGUUGGCGUCCUGCAGAACGACCGCAACAGAAGAAACCUGAAGACAAUCUACGUCCUGAAGGUGAUUUUGAACAAAGAAAACCAGAUGAGUGGCGUCCUGCUGAUCGUCCUGUACAAAAGAAACCAAAAGAUAAUCUUAAACCGGAAGGUGAAUUCGAAACUCCAGAAAAAGACAGAUGGCGCCCUGCAGAACGUCCACAACCCAAAAAACCUCAAGAUAAUUUACGUCCUGAAGGAGAUUUUGAACAAAGAAAACCAGAUGAAUGGCACCCAGCCGAUCGUCCCGUUCAAAAGAAACCAAAAGAUAAUCUUAAACCGGAAGGUGAAUUUGAAACCCCAGAAAAGGAGCGUUGGCGUCCUGCAGAACGACCGCAACAGAAGAAACCUGAAGACAAUCUACGUCCUGAAGGUGAUUUUGAACAAAGAAAACCAGAUGAGUGGCGUCCUGCUGAACGACCUCAACAGAAGAAACCUAAGGACAAUUUACGACCUGAAGGAGAUUUUGAACAACGGAAACCAGAUGAAUGGCACCCAGCCGACCGUCCCGUGCAAAAGAAACCAAAAGAUAAUCUUAAACCGGAAGGUGAUUUUGAAACUCCAGAAAAAGAUCGUUGGCGUCCUGCUGAACGACCUCAACAGAAGAAACCUAAGGACAAUUUACGACCUGAAGGAGAUUUCGAACAACGGAAACCAGAUGAAUGGCACCCUGCCGACCGUCCCGUGCAAAAGAAACCAAAAGAUAAUCUAAAGCCUGAAGGGAAAUUUGAAAAACCGAAACAACCUGAAUGGCAACCCGCUGAACGGCCAAAGGCGAAAAAGCCAGAAGAUAACCUAAAACCAGAGGGAGAUUUCAAUACUCCCAAAAGAGACAAAUGGCAACCAGCUGAAAGGCCUGAAGUAAAGAAACCUAAGGAUAACUUAAAACCUGAGGGUGAAUUUGAAAAACCAAAACCUGAAGAAUGGCAGCCAGCUGAGAAACAAACCCCUAAAAAACCACAAGAUAAUCUAAAGCCAGAAGGUAAUAUGGAAAUUACUCGUCGUACUGAUUAUGUGGUUACAAAAGGUGAUCGCGCUGAUAUCGUAAAACAUGAGGAUCACUUGAAAAUGGAAGGUGUUAUUGAUACACGUCGUUCAAGAGAUGAUUACAAACGUAUUGAAAGAACAGAGAAAGUAGUUAUACAGAAGCAUGAAGAUAAUUUAAGGACUGAAGGUAAAUUUAUUGAUCUUCAGACUCGUGACGAUUAUAGAGCUACAAAGGGCGAGAGGGCGCCAGUAGUCAAACCUCAAGAUAAUCUUAAGACUGACGGUAAAUUUUAUACACCGGAAGUAGUUCCAUCUCAACCUGCUGAGAAACGCAAGCCUUUUAAACAUGUCGAUAAUAUUACUCUUGAAAGAGAGACGGACACACGGUUUAAACAAAACGUUGAUCGAGUGGAUAUUAUCCGAAGAGAAGAUAAUCUUAAAAUAGAAGGCGAAUUUAUAGAUAUGAAGCAACGAAAUGAUUAUAGCUCAGUUAAAGGAGACAGAACUGCAAUAGUUAAGCAUGAGGACAAUCUCAAAAUGGAAGGGACAAUGGAAAAUACACGUUCUUCAGACACCUACAGGGUUGUAAAGGGUCAAAGAGUAAAAUUGACAAGAAGAGAGGAUAAUCUUAAAAUUGAAGGUGUUUUCGAAGAUCAUGUUAGAAGAAAUGAUUUUAAUAAAACGACCAAGAAUGUAAAGUCUUCUAUAACAUAUGAUACUAGUGAUCAAAAAACUGUUAACGACAGGGUUCAAGGUUCUGUAUAUGACACUCGUUUACCGAAAGAACAAUAUGAAACUUCGCCAAUAAACAAGAUACCAUCUAAUAAAGAUACAACAUAUCUUAUUAACGAAAACGUUGAUUCAGGAUCUACAACUAAAGUCGUGCGGUACUAUGAAAGUGACAAUACACAUCAUGUAACAUCUUCUGACUCUUCUAAAUCUCAACGCACUGAGACCAUGAAAACUACUGAUAUUAAAAAGACACAAAGAGGUCCUUAUGAUAAGGAAAAGCCAAAAGACGUCUAUGAUUCAGGUGAUUUUGUACCUGAGAAGGUUUAUCCAGAAGGUAGUGUCAAGCCAAAGGACGAAUUGGGCCAUCUGAAAAGACCGCAAUUGCAAACAAAUGAAAUAUCAAGCCCUAUACAGCCAAGGGAAAGUAAACGUCCUGAUGAUGAGACUGAUUCGUCAAAAAUGUCACGAGGUGAAAUUCACCGCCCUACGGGUUCACAAUGGCAACCGGGCGAUAGAAGCAGUCCGAUUAGACCAAAAGAUAGUUCUCCAAUUGAAGACGGUAAAGACACUCCAAGAAAAUCUGAUAGUGAAACAGAUUUUCCACAAAGACGAACCCAAUGGCAGCCAGGCGACAGAGCAAGCCCCUUCCGACCAAAGGAUAAUUUACAUAUUCCAGAUAUUAAAGGAAGUUCAAGAAGACCCAAUGGUGAGUCCGAUCAUCCUCAGAGAAGUCAAUGGCAACCUAGUGACAGAGCGAGUCCUAUUCGACCACAAGAUAAUUUGCAUGUUCGAGAUAGCAAAGACAUCUUAACAAGGCCGGAAGAUGGGUCAGAUUAUCCUCAAAACUCCCAAUGGCAGCCUGGCCAAAGAGCUACUCCAAUUCGGCCAAAAGAUAAUUUACAUACUCCAGACAAUAAAGACGUUACAAGAAAGUUUGAAGACCGAUCAGAUCAUCCUCAAAGACCUCAAUGGCAACCUGGUGAAAGAGCAAGUCCUAUUCGACCAAAAGACAAUUUACACACUCAAGACAAUAAAGAAUCACCGAAGAGACCCGAAUACGAAACAGAUUUAAGUAAACCAGAAAAAACAAGAGGAAUUUCUGGACCAGGUCAAGUAAGGCACAUUUCUGAUAUGAGUAAAUACGAUUCCAGGACUACUACUUCUACUGAUGAUAUCCAUAAGAUUGAUAGUAGCAAUCAGACUUUACAUACAUCAAAAGUAAGCAUGAGUGAUGUACGUCAAGAGAGCAAUGUGAAGACGACUCAUUCGGAAAUAUCUUCUAAACAUACUAAUAUUCGUAGUUCUAAUGUAGAACAUUUUGAUCAAUCUAAAACCGGAACACAAACACAACAUUUCAUAACAAACAGGGAUAAGAAUGAAAGUGGUAGAUCAACUGAUGUUUUAAAACAAACGGAUAAUUUAUCACACCAAGACGUUAGCAGUCGUGAUCAUACUAAUCGUAUAAUUUCGAAGAAUACUACAGAACGCAACAUUAUAAAACAAGAUGUAAAACAAAGCAAAACUAUGUCAUCGGUAACCAAAACAAUGAAACAAGUGACGGAAAAGAAAUUGAUUGGAGGUAAAUGGGUAAAUGUAACAAGAAAUGUAGAAGUUUCUAACACCAGUCUCGGCGACACACAUUCAAAUAGAAAUGGUCACAUUGUUAGUUCCUCUACACCAAAUAAGCAGACAAACUCUAUGGAAAAAAUAGUUACCUCCGACAGCAGAAAUAACUUACAAAAUCAAACACAUUCUUCAAAUACAACGUAUAUUAUAGAAGGUAAACAUGAUGUUAAUCAUAAUGCAAACCAAUCCACACAGCGGUCUGUUUCUGAAAAGCAAUAUGUAAAUCAAAAUCUUCAAGGAAAAUCACGUAAAGCAAUCAUUUCAGAACAACAUGUUGAUUCCUCGUCAAGUCAAAAUAAACAAAUUGGACAAAAUAGUUAUGUGUCAUCUGAUGUUCGAUCCAGCGAACACAGCUCCAAGUCGGUGCAACAUGGAAGAGAAACAAUUCAUUCUAAUACAAAUAUAAAACAUGAUAACACAAAAUAUACACCGAAGCAAAUGCUAAAAGAAACCAAUUUAAUGAAAGUCAUGACAUUUUAAACCAAAAUAUAAAUCAAACACAUUACAACACUCAAUCUGGUGGUAGUAAUGUUGAUGGAAGGUCAAGGAACGUGCUAUCCAGUCACACAGAGAAUAAUAUUUCAAGAUCAUCUUCAACUCACCAUUCUCACACAGUAAAUCGUAGCCAUUUGAGCGAUAGUGUGAAUAAAACAAGUAUGGAAUUCCAACGAGCUAUGCAUGGUGGUGGAGAAGUUUUAGUUAGCUCCAAUGAAAACACAGCACGUAUUGGUCACCACAAACGUACUUCCGACUUGGUGUCAGAUGCUUCUAGCACUAACGCGGUUCUACAUAGGAAGGGAAUAACCUCUACGACAGAAGCACAACAUUCGAUAAGUUCUACAGCUGCUGCUCAACGUAAAAGUAUAAUAAAUCUCAGUGACCGCGGUGAAUAUAUAAGCAAUUCAACCCAUAGUGCUGAUAGAAAAAGUAUUAGCUCCAUGCACCGAUCAGGUCGGGAUAACGCUGUAUCAUCACACAGCUCUGAAAAUGUCGAUGUGAGACGUCAGCAAAAGAGAGAUGGUGAAUCUACUUUGAUUAUCGAGCGUCAACCUAGAGUGGUAUCGAGAGACAAUCUGCGAGUUGGUGGUGAAUUUUAUGGUCAUUCUGAAGCCCGUUCCUACGGUAACUUUUCGAGGUCCGACCACACCGCGAGAUCUGAACGCACAGAAAGAGUAGAGCGGCAGACGAGGACUGGUACAACAUCGCAUUUCGUAUUAGGAGAUGGCAGUUCAAGCUACAAGAGAGAAUACACAACGCAUGUCCAUGGCACUUGUCCUGCCACACUGAUUGAAUCUCCCCGCACCCCGUUCAAGCAUACACGCGAUUCUCGCGAGCACAAAUUUUAUACGGCGAAAAUAACUCAGCAAAAGUCAUAAAAAGUACUAUAUAUCUGAAUAACUUUCCUAACAACAAGAAAAUAUCAUUCCUCACUUAUUAUUGCUAUAAAAAUAUAAAGAUGUAUUUAUUAAAAGUUAACAAUACUAGUCUUAAGAAUUAUAUCGUUGUGCCUCCUAAUUACAUAAUCGUUUAUGCAUAAUAUUGAUAAAAAAUGUAAUAUUCGUAACAUUUAUAUGUAUUGCUAUAUUUUUCUUUUUUUAAACAUUGCCAUGUAAUAAAUUUUAUAUUUAAUA